AUGUCCCAGAAAGAUGGUGACAUUUCCGUAUCUCACGGAGAUAGACCACGCCACCCGAGACCCACCCUGAAUCAUAACGAUGUAAUAGAUAAAUACCCGAGAACAUCUGACAUACAUGCAAGACCCGCUGUCCAAGAAUACUCAGAAACGUUGAAUUCAGCAGGGUUAAAAUUGUAUGAAUACCCUCUGAGACAUACGGGAUUUAAACCCAUCUCCACCAUACCAUUGCCAUCAUCAAACCUUUUAUCUCAAAUUAAGAGAUACCCUCGCUCCGUGGACAACAGUAACGAUGAAGAUUUGGUGAGCUCUCUAGACGACGAGCUCAUUUCAAGGACGUUGAGUUUUGUAGACAAACUGCAGUGGACAUCAGAACCGUGCCAGUCUCGCAACGACAGGAUUAUUAUUCUGAAAGCAGCCAAGUUUAGACCUGACCAGUUUUUCCCGGUGUUCGCCGAAGAAGUGAAUAGGACAGUACAAAUCGCUAACAUCAUCAACGAUUUGUUGCUUUUCACAAAAUCCCCUCCUGAAGAUUUCAUGGAUGUGUUCUUUGCCAUGACACAGUCACUAGUCGAAAUGGGACCUCAAGUGAGAGGCUGUGCCAUAGCAUUCAAUCUUCUUAACUCUGGGGCACUGUCAUCAUCGACACCACCUCCAGCAUCGGCCCCGUCUUCUGAAUCUUCACCAGCAACUGCAAAAUCCCAGACAAGGUACGAACCUCAGUCGCUGUUUCCAUACAGCUACCGCACUAGAGAUGAAGCUGUCGUGGUCACCGACCUGUCCAUGCUGUACAAACCGCAGACUACCACAUGGUUCUCCGUGCACGUUAAUCGAUCAACCGACGGCCUUCUUAAACCUAAAAACAGAAUUUACGCUAACCGAACCGAUAUGGGGAAUAUAACCUCAUAUAAAGCCAAGUGGAAUAGAACGGUAGCGGUCACACCCGAGGAUGGUUACUGGGCCACACCUUAUUAUGAUUGUCUUCUGAGAAGUUGGAUUGUCCAAUAUUCGGUUCCAUUCUACCAGUUGGAAGGAUCUACCCCGGAAUUCAAGGGCGUGGUGUUGUUGGAGGCUAACUUUGAAUCCAUCAGGAUCAACCAGUGUGCAGAGGAUGGGUCUCUUUUCUCAGACACCCACCGCUGCAGGCGAACAACCACAGAGGUGAUGCGGGACUUCGGGUGGGAAGCUAUGAGUGCACAUGUAAGAACGGCUACUAUUUUCCGGUGUCCAGCACCGCAAGCCAGGCCUUUGAUGGCCAGGAUGUGGAAAACGCACUUUAACUGUUUAGUCAUGCAGACUUCAGCACCUUCCACACAUAUGGGUGAGGAGCCAAUUGUAACUUUUGACUUUCUGGCUCGAGGCAUUCCCCUGGGAAUUCAGAGCUUCUGUAUGACGAUUUCACUUGUCAUUGCCAUCGUUAUUGUCUGCCUGAGGAAGUCCAAGGUGAUGAGGUCUAGUAUUUGGGUCUUGCUGGAAAUGCUUUUGCUGGGAGCUGUUUUGCUGUAUGCUACAGUGGUUAUACAGUAUUUUGAGCCUAACACCACAACCUGUUUACUGUUGCCAUGGUUCCGUGAAGUGGGCUUUGUGUUCGUCUAUGGUGUACUAGUGCUGAAAAUAUAUAGAAUUCUUGCCGAGUUCCAGUCUCGAAAAGCCCACAGGGUACAUGUGAGAGACAAGGAUCUGCUCAAGUACCUGGCCGUGAUGCUGACCGUGGUUGUGGCCUAUAUGUCAGCCUGGACCGCGGUCAACAUUGACCACUUAGACAACAACAGCACAAUCUUAGAGCGGCUCCACACACCAGAGAGUGGACUCAGCUACACACUGUGUCGUUCAAUGUGGUGGGAUUAUGUCAUUGAAACAGGGGAGUUCAUAUUUUUAUGCUUUGGCAUCUACAUAUGCUACUGUGUCAGGUCUGCCCAGACAGAAUUCUUGGAGGGCCGGUACAUAACCGGCGCCAUCAUUUAUGAAGCUAUUGUGUCCACAGUGUUUUAUGUUCUUAGGCAUUUAUGGUGGUACAAGUUGCAUCCUGACUACUUGUUCCUUAUGUUUUUUCUGAGAUGCCAACUUACAGUCACAGUAGUCUUACUUAUCAUCCUGGGACCCAAGAUAUGGUAUGCUCACCGACCUCCAGACGAUGACCAUGCUCGGACUAGAGCCUAUUCUCAGUCAGACGUGCAGGACAGCUCAUCUCCAGAGACCAUGAAACUCAACGUGGGUAUUUCUUCGAAUGGAGAUGUUGAGGUAGGGGAGAUCAGUCUCACUGAAAUGGAUCCAGAAGACAUUAGGGCGGAACUCAAAAGGUUAUACACGCAACUCCAAAUAUAUAAAACAAAGACCAUGAGGAAAGACAACCCGCACAUCUCUAAACGUAGAGGGGGCAGAAAGCAAACUCAUCGGCGCUUCUCCCUGCAGGCGUUCCAUCACAAGCAUCGCCAUCACCAUGACCACGAGCAUGAGCAUGAGAUGUCGAAAACUCCAGAGGAGUCCACCAACUCAGCCGAGGGAAUGACGUUCACUACAGAACCUAAUGUCAAAGAGGAUGCCAGCGAAGGAAGAUCAGCCCCUUCCGUUAGUUUCAAGUCUGGUCACAAGUAA